AUGCAUAUCAAGUACCUCCUCAUCAAUCUUUUCGCCCUGGCCGUCUCGGUCAAGGCCCUCCCCGAUGCCGACAACGACUUCGGUCUUGAGGCUCGGGAUGACUCCGACACUCUUGUCCAGCGCUGGGACUGUGGUCAUGACGCCAAGGAAGUCUACGGCAAGUGUGUCUGCAACGACAAGCAGCUCACCUGGGACGGCAAGAAGUGUGUCUGCCCCAAGGAUACCACCUGGCAGUAUGGCAAAUGUGUGCCUAACAAGCCCACUUGCCCCAAGCCUCAGGUCUACAACCCUCACUCCAAGAAGUGCGAGUGUCCCUCCGGUACUGAGUGGAAGUACGGAAAGUGCAUCCCCAAGUGCCCCUAUGGUCAGUCCUAUGAUAAGGACCAAGACAAGUGCGUCUGCCCUAAGGGCACUGAGUACAAGUACGGCAAAUGUAUCCCCAAGUGUCCCUAUGGCCAAUCCUACGACAAGGACCAGGGCAAGUGUGUUUGCCCCAAGGGAACUGAGUGGAAGUAUGGCAAAUGCAUUCCCAAGUGCCCUGAGGGUCAGUCCUACAACCAGCACUCCGGCAAAUGCGAAUGCCCUGCUGGCACAUCUUGGAAGUACGGCAAAUGCGUGAAGGACUGCCCUAAGGGACAAUCCUACGACUGGAAGACCAAGCAGUGCGUGUGCCCUGAGGGAACAUCAUGGAAGUACGGAAAGUGCAUCAAGGACUGCCCCAAGGGACAGUACUACAACCAGCACAAGGACAAGUGCGAAUGCAACAAGGGCACUGAGUGGAAGUAUGGCCAGUGCGUGCCUGUCUGCCCCAAGGGACAGGAGUACAACAAGUGGUCUCACAAGUGCGAAUGCCCCAAGGGAACCUCUUGGAAGUACGGAAAGUGCAUCAAGGACUGCCCUAAGGGUCAGACCUACAACCCUCACUCCGAUAUGUGUGAGUGCCCCAAGGGAACUGAGUGGAAGUACGGCAAGUGUAUCCCCAAGUGCUCCAACGGUCAGUACUUCGACAAGGACCAGUGGAAGUGCGUCUGCCCCAAGGGAAAGAUCUUUGAGUACGGAAAGUGCGUCUGCCCCGAGAACCAGGUCGAGAAGUACGGCAAGUGUGUUUGCAAGGAUGGCUUCAAGUUUGAGUACGGCAAGUGUGUCCCCGAGUGUCCUAAGGGCCAGACCUACAACAAGCACACCAAGAAGUGCGAGUGUCCCUCCGGCAAGGUUCUGAAGUACGGAAAGUGUGUCUGCCCCGACAACCAGGUUGAGAAGUAUGGCAAGUGUGUCUGCAAGGACGGCUUCAAGUUUGAGUAUGGCAAGUGUGUUCCCCAGUGCCCUCAAGGCCAGACAUACGAGCACGGAAAGUGUGUCUGCCCCGCCGGCAAGGUCUACAACAAGUGGCACAAGAAGUGUGAGUGCCCUGAGGGCAAGGUCGAGGCCUACGGCAAGUGUGUCUGCCCCAAGGGACAGAUCGAGCAGUACGGCAAGUGCUCGUGCCCCAAGGGCCAGUACUACGACCGCUGGAGCAAGUCUUGCAAGUGCCCCAAGGACCUGAGCUGGGACGGACACAAGUGCGCCUACGACUGCGGCAAGGAUGCCGAGUACAAGUACGGCGGCUGCGUCUGCAAGAAGCACGACCAGGUCUUUGACAAGAAGUCCAAGACUUGCAGCUGCAAGCAGGGCUGGUACUGGGACCAGCACAAGGGCGCCUGCAAGAAGGGCGGUUACUAA